CUUUGUUGUCCGCUGAUAGCCGUUACACGGUUUGAUCAUGCGUCGUUGAGCAUCUAACUAAAGUGGGAGUAAUUGAGCAUGAAAACUUCAUGGCGUGCACUCGAGCGACCUUUUCUCUCAGUCACCUGCCCGAUCAAUCAAUCGGCAUCGUGAAUAUUAUACGGAGCCAAGAAUUUUCUUCUGGAAAACAAUUUACGCAAUUAUUUCAGUUAAUUAACGGAAAAAUAAUUUCGCCGGUUACGUUUGAACUGCGAUUCGAUCUCGGUUUCGACAAUUGAAGCAAGCGGUAAGAGGAAAAAAAAAAAAAAAGAAAAGAAUAAUUCUGAUUUUCGGGAGAGAUUUUGAAGAGAAAUCGAAUUGUUACCUCUCAUCGAUUUACGAGUCAUAUUUCAAGGAGAGAACCCUUUUGUCGCUCGAGACUGUCGUGUCGUCGUGUGUAAAGGCGGUUGGCUUCGGUCAAGCUGAUCGAUACGCGAACGCGACCGUUGAGUCGUCACGGAAACUGUCGAAGCGCGUCGACUGUAGCCGAAGCGUACCGACGAGGGCCGACGUGAGACGGACGCGGCCGAGGUGCGGUUGAGAAGCGACGCAUAGUGAACGACGCGCGCGGGGCCCCUCUCUGUACGGAUCUGUGGCGAACGGCGACAACAGCGUACGCUUUUAACGGGCGCGGCUUUGCGUUUCGAAGCUGGCGUUUCACGCGGUAAAAUGUCCUCCCUCGACUAUUUGGAUCUGUGCCGGUUGUGUCUCGUGAAGGACCGCGUCUCCGUGCCGAUUUUCGAAGGCGAGGGUGACGUGCGGCAGAUAUUCCUCAAGAUCACCGCCUGUUUGCCGGUCAAGGUGAACAGGGAAGACAAAUUACCUAAAAAGAUAUGCGAUGAUUGCGUGUAUAAAGUAGAAUUAUGUUAUCAAUUUUGGCAUACGACUGCAAAUGCCGAGAAACAAUUGCUCCAAUGGCUAGGCGAUGUGAACAUGGAAGAUAAACAGGGUUAUAAUGUUCUCAAUCCGAACGAAAUAAAACCAGAUCAGAGCAAUGAGAACAGGUUAGAUGGUACUGUGAUGCAACAAGUAAGCGAACAUCAGAACAAUAUGAAUAUGAGUAUGAUGGACAACAUGAGCCUCAGUAUGCCCAUGAUAAUGUCGAGUAAUACCCAACAACAAAUAACUUCAGUUCCUAUGGAUAACACUGGUAGCUCUGUUCAACCAGUAGCUGGACCAAGCACACAAGCAACACAUGACCAAAUCACACAGACCCAAACGGAUGCGUCUACGCAACAUGAAGAAGAAGAAGAGAGCAGUGACGAAGAAGAAAACUCAGACGAUGAAUGUGAUGGAGACGAAGGCCUACCUAUAAAAGAAGAAAGUGAAGACGAUCCUAAUAAUAGAACUAUAGAGCCUACAACAUUUGUCAAUGUUUCCUUACCAUGUGACGAAGCAGGACCUUCAGGACUUCAACAACAGAAAAUUACAGACAUGCCAGAGAUAGUAAUACCGCAAACAACAGAUGUGGAUCCAAAAACUGGAUAUUUUGUGUCAAAACUCACGGUGCUGCCUCGGGAUCGGCAGCAGUUUGGGCCCGGCGUAAUCAGGAAGGUCUUCAUCAGGCGAAAGCACGUGCAGUUACUAGCGGACCCCAUGCAAUCGAAGAAGAUGAAGAAGACGACGCUCGCCUACAAGAGUGCCUUGCUAUGUAAUAUUUGUGGCGGCAAUUUCAUCUGUGAACAAGCUUUUAAUUCGCAUUUAAAGAUGCACGAAGAACAAGUGCAGCCGCAGCAGGACGAGCAAUUUGUUUGCGAGACUUGCGGUUGUAGCUUCAUAACGAUAUCGAAGCUGUAUGAUCAUCAGAAAGAACACAUUACCGAAAACUGUUUUAGCUGUGACAACUGUGACUACGUGACUUCCCACAAAGAGAACUUAAUCGCCCAUCAAAAGUGUCACGAUGUAUCUAAUUACAAGUAUCAGUGCGAGGAAUGCGGCGAACAUUUCCAGAGCAAGAGCAACUGUCAGGUACAUCUGCUGUCGCAUGGAAAUGAAAAGUCGUUUCAGUGCGACGUGUGUAAUGCCACAUUUCGCUACCGCCAAGGUCUACGGUUACACUCGAAGUUACAUCAACCGGGCUACGUACAGCCUCAAAGGAAACACCAUUGCGAGCUAUGCAACAAGCGUUUCUCUCGUAAACAAGUGUUGCUAGUGCAUAUGAAGACCCACGACAACGUAGGACCACAAAACGAGUACGUAUGCACGAUAUGCAGCAAGUCCGUAUCCAGCAAGACUUAUCUCGCGGUGCAUCAGCGCAAGCACACCGGCGAGAAGCCUCAUGUUUGCGACGUUUGUGGCAAAGGCUUUAUCUCGCAGAAUUACCUGAGCGUGCAUCGUCGCACGCAUACAGGUGAAAAACCGCAUCAAUGCAUUCAUUGUAACAAAAGAUUUACUCAACGGACUACGUUGGUAGUACAUCUACGAGGUCACACAGGUGAUCGGCCUUAUCCUUGCACAUACUGUCAUAAAUCAUUUGCUUCAAAAACGAUGCUGAACUCGCACUUAAAAACGCACGCGAAACAAAACGCUCGACAGCAACAAGAACAGCAGCAACAGCAGCAAGAAAGUUCGCAACAGGAAGAAGAAACAUUGCCGUUUGAAACAGUCACUAUAGUGUUGUGCGACGAGAUUGACAUAGAGGAUAUAAAGCUGGACCCAAUUGACGAAUUGCGAGGUAUAGAGUUAGUACGGUAUCAAGACGAAGUACCUAUAGUGGCAGAGUAUCAUCACAUUGAUCAAGAAAUAGUUAUGGAAACGAUUGAAUAUAAGUCUGAAGAUUCGGACGACAAAUCAGAACCUGCGUCGGAAAUACGUAUUCUAAAACAGGUUUCCGAACACAAUUCGAAUCGCAAGCGUGCGAUAGUUUACGAAUGUGAAAUUUGCGGGAAGCAAAUACUCAAGAAGCUACAAUUUUUGAAGCACAGACAAGACCACGAGAGGAAUCCAAAGACUGAAGAUCGUUGCGAGGAGUGCGAUAAGAUCUUCGAUAAUCAGGAGAAGCUGCAAAAACAUAAGAUAAGAGCACAUCAAAAGGAGAAACCUUUUCAAUGUGUUAUGUGCGGUAAGUGUUUUAAGACCGAGGAGUUCUUGAAGACUCAUCUGAAGCAGCAUAACAAACGUUUCACCUGUGACAUAUGCGGUGUAUCAAAAGUUUCCGGAUAUGAUUUGCGUUUGCACAAAAAGAAGCACAAUCAGGAAUAUGUAAUUUAUUGUGAGACUUGCAACAAAGGCUUCUACACGAAUCAAACGCUGGAGCGGCACUUGCUCACUCACACCGGCGAGAAGCCAUUUGUGUGUAAAGUAUGUAACACCCCGUAUGCGAGUGCAGCAUAUCUCAACAUGCAUAUGAGAUCCCACGGCGAAAGAGAGAAGCACAAGUGCAAUAUCUGCGACUUCGAGAGUUACUGGAAGGCCGCAUUAAAAGUACAUCUUAAGAUACAUACUGGCGAGAAUCAAAUCACAUGUGAAGUGUGCGGGAAAUCUGUCAGCAGCAAAACGUACCUACAAAUUCACAUGCGUAUACAUUCAGGUGAAAAGCCACACGUUUGCGAGGUAUGUGGCAAGGCGUUUAGCGUACGAAAAUACCUAAUCGUGCAUUUAAGAACGCAUACCGGCGAGAAACCUUACGAAUGUAAGGUGUGUCAAAAGAGAUUUACGCAACAAGGCUCACUAAACUCUCAUAUAAAGUCUCAUAAUGAAAUGGAUGAUUCUAAUGAACUUAUUUUUGUUUGGAUAAAUUCGUCCAGAAUGAAUUCAUCCAAAAUAUUAGAAAUAGAUGGUUGUAGUAAAUAUUCUGACGAAACAAAUGAAAAACCAGCACAGACGUGUGUAAAAAAUGAACUGUCUAUAGAUGAAUGUACGGAUUCUACAUUGGUUUCAAUUUUCGUUAAAGAAGAAACAAUUGUUAAGCAAGAAGAUUGCAGUGUUCAUUACAAAGAUGUAAGUGUGAGGCAUGAGUCUUCCAACAACCCACUGACGCAAAAAUCUGAAAAACCUACAAACGGAGGAAUUACUCAUCAAAAUUACUCAGGCAUGAAAAAACAAUUCACCAGACAAAUGUUUUAUGAGUGUAGCAUAUGUACGAAGCUUUUUAGAUCAAAGAACUUGUUUGAAGGUCAUUUAGUGGCACAUAGCGACGCUCGACCCUAUCAAUGCGACGUCUGUGGCAAGUGUUUCAAGAGGACCAAUACUUUAGCAGUACACCAACGAAUCCACACUCACGAGAAAAACUUUGUGUGCGAUGUGUGUGGUCACGCGUUUGUGCAAGCCUCUCAAUUAGCCACUCAUUACAAGCGUCACUUUGAGAAGUACACGACACACUGUGAGAUUUGCAACAAGGGCUUCUUCACGAACGCCGAGCUCCACGGGCACAUGAAUGUGAAGCACGGCGCCAAGGAACACGUAUGUACUGUUUGCAACAAGUCUUUCCCCAAUAAUCAUACCUUGGUGCGCCACUUGAAAAUUCACGAUCCGAACUUCAAACCAGUAAAGCACCAAUGUGAGUUCUGCGGCAAGACAUUCGCCUACAAGAACUCGUUGGUAGUCCACGUCAAGUCGCACACUGGCGAGAACAAAUAUGACUGUCAUUUAUGUGGUAAAUCCGUUUCAUCUAAGGGAUCCCUUCAGGACCAUUUGCGUCUUCAUGGCGGGGAGAAGUCCCUGGUCUGUGAUGUUUGCGGCAAGGCUUUUCACAAGAGAACGACAUUAGUCGUGCAUAAAAGAACCCAUACCGGCGAGAAACCGUACUCGUGCGACACUUGCGGAAAGUCUUUUACGCAACAUUCGACUCUCGUUAUACAUAAGCGAUAUCAUACUGGUGAGAGACCAUAUCAGUGCAGUUAUUGCAGCAAGUCAUUUGUGUCUAGAGGAUUGCUUAAUGCUCAUAAUAAAAUACACUUUGUUAAUGAAAUAAUGAUGUAAUCGACAUAGUCAUACAAUUUGGAUUUCUAUUAUACCGUCA